GCAGCGGGAGCGGCUGCCGGCUCCGAGCGGGCGCGCCGGGAACGGAGCCCGGGAGCGGGCGCGGGGCAGCGGGCAGGAGCGCGCGGCAGCCGCCGUCGGGGCCGCCGUCGGGGCCGCCGUCGGGGCGGCGGGGCGAGCCCCGGGCGGGCGCAGCGAUGGGCCGGGCGCGGGGCGGCUGCGGGCCGGCGCUGCGGGCGCUGCUGUCGCUGGCCGCCGGGCUGCUGGCGUGCGGCGGGGCCAGCGAGUACGACUACGUGAGCUACCAGUCCGACCUGGGCCCCUACCCCGGCGGGCGCUUCUACACCAAGCCGCACCAGUGCGUGGCCAUCCCGGCCGACCUGCGCCUCUGCCACAGCGUGGGCUACGACAAGAUGGUGCUGCCCAACCUGCUGGACCACGAGACCAUGGCCGAGGUGAAGCACCAGGCGAGCAGCUGGGUGCCGCUGCUCAACAAGAACUGCCACAUGGGCACCCAGGUCUUCCUCUGCUCCCUCUUCGCCCCCGUGUGCCUGGACCGGCCGGUCUACCCGUGCCGCUGGCUCUGCGAGGCCGUGCGUGACUCCUGCGAGCCUGUCAUGCAGUUCUUCGGCUUUUUCUGGCCGGAGAUGCUCAAGUGCGACCAGUUUCCCCAGGACGACGUCUGCAUUGCCAUGACGGCUCCCAAUGCCACCGAGGUCUCCAGGCCCAAAGGAACCACCGUGUGCCCCCCGUGCGACAACGAGAUGAAGUCGGAGGCCAUCGUGGAGCACCUGUGCGCCAGCGAGUUUGCUCUUAAGAUGACCAUAAAGGAAGUGAAGAAGGAGAAUGGGGACAAAAUGAUUGUUCCGCGGAAGAGGAAGGCCCUGAAGCUGGGGCCCAUCAGGAAGAAAAACCUCAAGAAGCUGGUAUUGUUCCUCAAGAACGGGGCCGACUGCCCUUGCCAUCAGCUGGACAACCUCGGCCACUACUUCCUCAUCAUGGGCCGCCAGGUGAAGACCCAGUACCUGCUGACGGCCAUCUACAAGUGGGACAAGAAGAACAAGGAGUUCAAAAAGUUCAUGAAGAAGAUGAAGUCUCCCGACUGCCCGACGUUUCCGUCCGUCUUCAAAUGACGAGGCGGGCGGUGGGGUGCUGCUGCCUGGACCUUGCACAGCCCCGGGCACGGCGGUUCAGGCCUCGCUCCUGCGCGGGGGCUGCUGGAGGCCCGAAUCCUGCCUGUUUGACCCUCUAUUUUUUAGCGCUUCCUUUGCAGACCCCAGCCCUCCCACCUGCCCCGUACCGGCCUUUUCCUGAACGCCAGCGUGUGCAAGGGUGACGAGUUUAUUCUAGUCACCGAGGUCACAAGCUAUUUUACGUCUGCAAUAUCCAAAGACCUAUAGCUGUAAGGAUAUGUAAAUUCAUUUAAAUAUCAACUAUCAGGUAGAGAGGGCAGGUGGAGGGGUGUGACGUUACCGCAAGAGAUUACGUGAUCGGAAAGGACCCCGUGACCUGUCUUACUCUCGUGCUUAUGGCUCCAGGGUUGCCCUAGAUUAAUUCCUGCUUGAACCAGAGCCAACCUGUUAGAAAAGCAUCUGAUCCUGAUGAUAAAAGUUAAUUAAUGAGUUACGGAGAAUCUAUUACAACCUUUGAUAAGACCUCCCAAUAGCUAAUUGCCCUCACUGUAAAAAAAUCGCUCUAUUUCUAGUCUGAAUUUGUUUGGUGCCAGCCUAGCCACGGGACGCUCGUGCGCUCCUGCUCUGCUGGCCGGAGAGCCCCGCUCUCGGCACGGGGUCUCGUAGCCUCGGGAGGACGCUCGUCCCUGCCGAACGAGGCCGAACGAGCCCCUCGAGCCUGGCGCUCGUUUCCCCGUCCCUGGACCUGCCCGCGGCUCCUCCGGCCCUUCCCGGCUGCCGCGUCCCUGUCUUCGCACGUCCCUGCCCCGGCUCCCGGGCGGGCGCCUUGUUUGCGGCCGUGCGGAGGUGCGUGCCGGGAGCCCGGGACGCCGGCCUCGGGGAGUGCUCGCGGUCGGCUCCCCGGCUCGCGUCACUUGCUAACUUUACCAGUGAUGUUUUUAUAGCUUCUUCAGGCUGCUGGCAAAAUAUCGGGUUGCAGGAGGCCGAGGACCGGUCCCCGGGGAGCGCCGCGGGAACUGCAUCGUCUCCGCGAUUCUCUCUUUACAGCCGCUUCGGGACCUAUCAGUUUCCAGUUUUAAUCCAUUUGAUGUGUGACAACUUGCUUUGUAUCAUUCUGUUUUUUUUUUUUCUUAAUCAAAAUGUCAUGUAGUGUGAGGUCAAAUAGUUUAUGAAAGACAGAGUACUGCAUCCAAAUGAUUACCUUUAUCGACCAAGCUGAAACUCAUUAUUCUGUUAAUUGGACAAGCUCUCUUUUCCAUAGACCCACAUUGCUCUGCAUUAAUUAUAGUAUCCUGCUUCCAUUCAUGAUUCUCAUCAAUCACGAUUACUCCAGCAGAAUGAACAUCAGGCAGUCGGACAUAAUCCCGCUGAUUUGGAGUUAAGUGAAAUAACAAAUCCCUAUUUUUGAGGUUUAAAUCAACCCCCCUCAAAGCUGGUAAAUUAAUUAUUCUGUAGCUAGAGGGGCUGGUUAUUCCCUGCGUGGGGAUGGAGCUGCAGACUUUAUUGCAGACAAAGUCCACGAAGAAGCCAAGUGCUCUGAGCGAUGCUCUAAAACCUAAAGAGCGAUGCAUUUAGGACACGUAGAAAGUCCUGCGGAGUUGUCUUAGGCCACCGUUUGUACUAGCGUUGUUUCUUUGAUGCAAAAUUAAUCAUUGUAGAUAAUGUACUUGAUCAGCUCAUUAAAACGAAACGGCAGGGCCCAGGGUAGGGAUGCGGCGCGCUUUGAGCUCAGAAGCUGGUUGACGAGUGCAGCGGGGCCGCUGGCCGCUGGCCGACUAGUCCUCGCUCCAGCUCCUUGCUACUCUCCCUGUACAUGAAGUGUUUUUGGUAAAAUUAACAGCACUAAAAGAAAUGUUUGCUGUAACAUCACAUUAUUUGUAGGUGGUUGAGGUAUCUUUAAAUUUUGUUUUGAUGUAACUUUAGAGUGCUAAUUUAGGAAAGUGUGGCAAAUUGGGCAGGGGAGCCUUUUUCUGUUUGGACAUUUUGAGAAAGAAAAAAUGUUAAAGACUAGAGAAAAUCAGCAUUGCGAAGAACCCCCUUCUCUGGGCGGUGAACAAAAGCAGAAGGUCUUUCAUUGCCGUAGCUGGAAUGAUUUUCUUUUACUUCACUGAAUAAUCUCACACUCCUUAAAGGCUAACAGAGAGAGAACUGUUAGCGGCACGAACCCUUACUCUAGGAAGGAAGUACGACGUGGAAGCAGUUCCUAAAUGUCUCAGCGCGGUCAAAAAAGGAGCUUUUCACCCCGUCCGGCCCCGCGGGGGUGGGGGCCGCGAUCGCUGGGCGGCUGGCGAGGUCCCUGCGCAGGGGCGGCUGGGGGCGAGGGCGGUGCUGCGGCCGGGCCGGCACCGGGACUUCGGGCACCCGGCGCUCGCGGCGUGCGUGGCCCGGCCCCGCCGGACGCCCCAGCACCGACGCGCUCCGCUUCCCGCGGCUCCUGCACUGGCCGGGCAGAGGCAGCGGGUUUUCGCGUGAAGAUGCUCUGGGAGGAAGGACCCGGCUCGUCUCGCGCUCCCCGGAGCGACGUGGGCCCCGUCCCCCUCCGGAUGCCGGGCGAGCGCGGCCGAAGCGGCGUGCCAGGCCGGAGCCACCUCCGCGAGAAGCUCAGCUCCGCGAAAGCAGCGUCGGCUUCCUCCUCCUCCUCCUCCUCUGUGUGCGCGGAAGUUUCAGAUGCUGUGAAAACCUUCAGCAUCGUUUUUAUUUCUGACCAGCAAACUUCAGCAGCGUGUUCACAAUACUUUAUUUUAGGAGUUGUUUUUGAUGUUAUGACUUACAUUUAUUUUCAAAUCUAAUAUCGGUUCUUUACUUUUAUGCUUUUCCUUCCAUGUAUCAAUACUCACUUAACUAAAAUUGCUGAAUUACUUGAUUACAAUGUGAUUCCCCCUCUCCCCCUUUUUAUAAAGAGAUGUUGUUUUCUA